AUCUUUACCUAUUUCUUUUAUUUUGUUUUUUGGUUUAUAGAAUAACAGAGAAUGGGAAGCGACAGGCGAAGAGGGCGAAGACGAAGAAUAUCAGAUAAGUCUGCCUCCGACUCGCCUUCCCAAUCUGACUCCGACAGACCUCGCCGAAGUACUCAGAGCAGUAGCCGCCGGUCACGGCGAGACUCAAUUAGCUCCGACGACGAUGACAGCGGCGGAAGGAAGAGAAAGUCCUCAAGGACCAUCACGGAAGAGGAAAUAGCACAAUACAUGGCUCAAAAGGCCCAAAGAAAGGCAACCAAAGUCGCGAAAAAGUUGAAAACAAAUACGGUUUCGGGUUAUUCCAAUGAUUCUAAUCCGUUUGGUGACUCUAAUCUCAACGAGAAGUUUGUUUGGCGCAAGAAGAUUGAGCGUGAUGUUUCUCAAGGUGUGUCUAUUGAUACGUUUUCGGUUAAAGCUGAGAAAAAGAGACAGAGAGAAAGGAUGGCGGAAAUUGAAAAAGUAAAAAAGAGAAGGGAGGAAAGGGCACUUGAGAAAGCACGACAUGAGGAAGAAAUGGCACUAUUAGCCAGGGAACGUGCUCGAGCUGAGUUUCAGGACUGGGAAAAAAAAGAAGAGGAGUUUCAUUUUGAUCAAAGCAAAGUUAGGUCGGAAAUUAGAUUGCGUGAAGGGCGUGCCAGACCAAUUGAUGUCCUAACCAAGCACCUCAAUGGAUCUGAUGAUCUGGAUAUAGAAAUAAAUGAACCAUAUAUGGUCUUCAAGGGUUUGACUGUGAAAGAAAUGAACGAGCUUCGUGAUGACAUUAAAAUGCAUCUGGACCUUGACAGGGCAACACCAACCCAUGUGCAAUAUUGGGAGGCACUCCUUGUAGUGUGUGAUUGGGAGUUAGCUGAAGCUCAAAAAAAGGAUGCACUUGAUCGAGCUAGGGUGCGUGGAGAAGAGCCUCCUGCUGAGCUGCUUGCAGAAGAAAGGGGUCUGCAUUCCAGUAUUGUGCCAGAUGUGAAGAGGCUUUUGCAGGGGAAGACACAUGCAGAGUUGGAGGCUUUACAGGUUCACAUUGAUUCAGAGAUGCGUACUGGUACUGCAAAGGUGGUUGAGUAUUGGGAGGCCAUUUUGAAACAUCUCCACAUAUACAAGGCCAAGGCUUGUUUAAAGGAAAUUCAUGCUAAAAUGCUACGCAAGCAUUUGCAACAUCUUGAGCAGCCAUUGGAGGAUGAAGAUACAUUGGAGAAUGCUCAUGUUAUGAUACCUGAGGAGGAAGUUACUGAGGAUGAUGUAAUAGUUCAAUCUGCAGAUGAAUCUUUCUCACCAGAGCCUGUUAGAGAGGAUCAACAAACUGAAGAUGAGGCUGGAUCAUUUUCUCCACAGCUGUUGCAUGGUGAUGAAAAUGAGGAAGCUAUUGACCCUGAAGAGGAUAGGGCUAUGCUGGAGCGGAAACGUAUGGCUGUAUUAGAAGAGCAGCAAAGACGAAUUCAGGAAGCAAUGGCAUCAAAGCCAGCUUCUUCUGAAGAUAAUUUUGAGAUGAAGGCCCUAAAAGCUAUGGGGGCUAUGGAAGAUGGAGAUGCUGUGUUUGGAUCUGGUGCUGAAGUGAACCUAGAUUCCCAGGUUUAUUGGUGGCAUGACAAAUACAGGCCUAGGAAGCCAAAGUAUUUCAACCGUGUUCAUACCGGAUAUGAGUGGAACAAAUAUAAUCAGACUCACUACGAUCAUGACAACCCGCCUCCAAAGAUUGUGCAAGGAUACAAAUUUAAUAUCUUCUAUCCUGAUCUUGUAGACAAGACAAAAGCCCCAACCUACACCAUCGAGAAGGAUGGCAGCAAUGGGGAGACUUGCAUCAUAAGAUUCCAUGCAGGGCCACCAUAUGAAGACAUAGCUUUCCGCAUUGUGAACAAAGAAUGGGAAUAUUCUCAUAAGAAAGGUUUUAAGUGCACAUUUGAACGUGGAAUUCUGCAUGUGUACUUCAAUUUCAAACGCCACCGCUACCGUAGAUAAUUUCACACAAGGCAAUGAUCACUUUCUUUAGAUUUUCCCUUACUAGAAAGGCUAUGUGGCUGCCAUUUUUAAGAAUAACUUUUAUGCUAUGGUGCUGGCACUAGAGAUAGAUGGCCGGUAAAUUGAGUGACAGACCAAGAAAAAAUUCCAAGGUACACUUGGAGUGAUACUCCACUGGUUAAAAUCUGAUCUAAAUCUUGUUAUAAUAUUUUAAAUUUAAUUUAAGGAGAUAGCAUGGUCAUGUUCUCAUCUUGUAUUAUGUUUUUAAUGGAUUGAAUGUAGUACUCCUGUACAUAGAAUCUCGAGACCAAGGGUCUUUCGUAAUGGUUAGAGAUACUAAUUACUUGUCUUUUCUUGUUCUUAGGACGCACAUUAAUCUCAUCUCUAUCAUGUCUUGU